AUGGAUAUUGAUGAUAAUAAUGAAGAUUUUAUUCAUACGAAAACCGUUUUUCGACGUCAUUCAAAAGGUCCUGUUAUGUUUAAUGGAUGUUCACCAUUAGGUGAUGUUAUUAUAAUUGAUAAUAUUAGUCAAAAAAAAUCCUAUGAUCUAACUGGAUGGUAUAUUGAACGACAAACAGAUUCUCAACAAUUUCUUCGAUAUACAUUUACAGAUAAAUUUAUUCUUCCACCAAUGACAACAAUUGAAUUAUGGUCAAGUACAUCAACACCUAUAUCAAUAUCAAAUGAAAAAGAACAUAAUCAAUCAUCAGAAUCACAUGAACAACAACAAACAUUUGUUAUAAUUAAAACAAAAUUAUUAACAUGGAAUACUGCUCGACAAUGGAGUAUUAAUCAACUGUUUGAUUCUCAUGGACACGAAAAGGCUAUUUUUUCUCAUCGAACAUUGACACCAAUAGAACAUGAAAAAGAAGAAUAA